GUUGGUGUGUAACUUUGGGUUAAGAAAACAAUUAAGUAGUUUCUAGAGCAUUGGGUUCCGAUUGAAUGGAAGCAAUGGAUGAUUUGAACAACUUUAAAGUGGGUUCCGUUCCGACGGUGUUCUACAUACCGGACUUCAUCUCCGAUUUCGACCAAAACCUACUUCUAAAUCAUAUUUAUGCAGCUCCGGUUUCCAAAUGGAAGGUUUUGAAAAACAGGAGAUUGCAAAAUUGGGGAGGGAUUGUUCAUGAAAAGGGUCUUUUGCCUCAGGAUUUGCCACCAUGGCUGACAAAAAUUACAGAAAAAAUUCGUGACGUAUCAUCUCUAUUUCCUUCUGCAAUCAAUCAUGUCCUCAUCAAUGAGUACCUUCCUAACCAAGGCAUAAUGCCUCACCAAGAUGGUCCUGCUUAUUAUCCUGUGGUGGCUAUUCUUUCAAUAGGGUCGCCUGUUGUUAUGGACUUCACGCCCCAUUUGAGUUUAUCGGGUAGUACAAGCAAUAUUGAAGAUAAAGAUUCCAUAGAAGGAGCUGAUCAUGGAAAUUUACCAAACUACCCCCCUUUUUCUGUCGCGCUCAUGUCGGGCAGUUUGUUGAUAUUUAAAGACGCAGCAUACACAGAUUACUUGCACGGUAUAAAAGAUUGCGAAAUUCAGAAAUAUGACACGGCAGUGAAUGCCGCUGAGGUUAUAGGGCACAAAAGUCUCAUUGAAACACAUGCUGAGGAUUCAAAUGCAAUUCAUAGAUCUACCACUCGGGUUUCUUUGACAUGUCGGGUAGUAUCCAAGGUUCACCGUAAUCUGUUUAGGUUUUAAAAGUGUUCUUAGGUUAUUUUGGCGAAUUUAACCGUGAAUCGAGGAUGAAAUUGGUUGUUUUAGUUUACAUGUAAUGUCCAAUGAGUUCAGAAUAUCUGAAGCUAACUAACAUAAUCACUUGUACAUAGUGCAUCAAGAUAAUCACAUAGUAAAGCAGGUUUUUGCGGUUUA